AUGGGACUCCGUUUGCAGCCCCUCAGAAGGCCACAAACACUCAGCAAGCUACUGACCCAGUGGCUGGGAGUCCGGCCCCUUACUCCUCCUUUGCACCUUUUCUCCUCCCUUCUCCCCUGCCCUCCACUCUCUUUCUACUCUCCACGCUGCUCCACCGUCUUACCCCACGGUCGAAAGUCCUACGGCGAGGGCGGUAUGCAAUCACGUAGGCGGCCCAAGUCAUUGGUCGUUCUCUCACAAAACCCCGUGACCAAUAUUGGAGAGCGGUAUCCGUCUGGUACGACAAAGCAGCCCAAUUUAAUGACCGCUGCUUUACCCCUUGAGAGGGAGGGGGAUACACUAGUGCACUAAACAAAGUUGAGGCCGCGAUAUCGGCGCGGAGACCGAUAAACAUGCGAUCGAAACCAAAGCACAAGACAAGACACUCUGUUUUCCUCCUCCUAUUCUCUGCCCCCCCCCCCACAGGCAGCUAGGACGAAUCCGUUCAUUCCGGCAACCUGGAAUGUUAGUUCACUUUUAGAUAAUCGAGGAGCAACCGACCGGAACGGAGGCCCGCCCUAGCCGCUUGGGAAGUGAUGCGCUACAAAGUGGACAUGGCCAGCGAGACCCGUUUCUCCAUAGAAGGCCAACUGGAGGAAGUGGGUGUCGUCUACACCUUCUUCUGGAGAUUUCGCCCCAAGACAGAAGGAUAAGACGCGGGCAUCGUCCUUGCCCUUCAUAACGACAUCGUAUGAAAACUGCCCUGUCUCCCACAGGACAGCAAUGAUCGUCUCAUGAGCCUCCAUCUGCCUCUCCGGAGAGACAAAUUCGCUACCGUCGUCUGCGUCUACGCCUCCCCCCAACGAGGACCAGCUCUGAAACUGCAAGCAACAAAUUCCGCGAGGGCCUGCACGCUCUCCUGACGACUGUGCCGAAGGCGGAUAAGUUGAUUGUCCUUGGUAACUUCAACGUCCGCGUCGGCACAAACCGUGCUGCCUGAAGAUGAGUGCUGGGUUCCCAUGAUCUCGGCGGCUCCAAUGACAAUGGCUUGCUCCUCCUAUGAACCUGUGCAGAACAUCGUCUCAUCCUGACCAACACCCUCUUCCGCCUUUCAAUAUGAGAGAAGGCCACCUGUAUGCGCCAUCGGUCGCGACCCUGGCACCUGCAGGACUAUGCCCUUGUUCGGAGGCGACACCAGAAGGACGUGUGGGUAACAAAGUAGAUCCCGAGUGCCAACGGGUGGACCGACGAUCCCCUCGCAGGAGACCUCAAUGUAGGCAACCUACAGGUAAGUUGAAUGUUGCUUUGUCUUUGCCUCCUCACCAUCUCCAUUUCAGUAGUGCGCUAAAUCACUGACUAGCCGACCUUUCAGCCGCCGCCGCCGCCGCCGCCGCCGCCGACGACGACGACAACGACGACGACGACGACGACGACGACGACGACGACGACGACGAGGACGCCAUUGUGGGGGACCGAUGA